UUGUGUCUAAACUAUAGAAAUCUUUUAAAAUAAUUAAACGAAGAUUCAACCAAUCAUAGGAAUUUAUAAGUUUGGGUUUCCCAUUAUCUUUUGUUAAGUAACAUGUGUCCCAAAAAGAAGAGAGAUCAAAGUUUCAUCUGAAAAUUAAAACAAAAAACACAGAGGCUAUGGCAUAUUCAAUUAAACUCUGUCUUCCUCUUCAAACACCAUGUUCUGCUCCAAAGACAGUAAGAUCAAAGACUUUGAUGCUUCAACAGAGUCAGGUUCAAGUUAAAGUCAAGCAAGUAACAGUUUCACAGCCUCAACCGAUAAGAUACUCCACCAAGAAGAACACUGUGUUCGAAGAUCCAAUCCAAGGGAUCAUAUGUUACACAGAUGAUAAUGGAGAAGUUAUAUGUGAAGGGUACGAUGAAGGUCCUCGUUGUCCACCAGACAGCUCAAUGGUAGCUUCUCACUCAAGAGAGGUGGAGAUUCUUGAUCUUCUGCAAAGAAGUUAUCAGGAACUGAGAGUUACAUACAAGGGUGAUGGUCAAAGACAUGAAAUUGCUUCACGACAAGAGUUAGCAAUGAUCAAAUGGAGCAACUAUGACUUUCUCUAAAUUAUCUCUCAGAUAUCAAAAUCUGUUCAAUUCACAAAGGCCUCUUGAAUAAAAUAAAGUACAAAAAAGGUUGUGAAAGAAGCAGAUAUUUGCUUCUUUCUUGUUCUAUUUUGUAAGAACACAAACAUGAAUACAUGCAUGUGUCCAGAUUCUGAUUUCA